AUGAAACCUCUCAACGUCCUCUUUCUCAACGCCGGCCUCACCAGCGCCCACUGCACGUCCCUAGCUUCCUCUAUCCCAUUUACGCAGACUAAUGCUUCACCAGGGGUAACCAGCACUUUCAUCUUCGAUAACCAAACCACCACGCCCUUCGAAUACAUCCGCGCCGUCUCCCCGAUCCCCUCCUCCCCCUCCUCCCACAUCUACGACCCAAACACAAACCCCCACUCCCCUGACCUAAUAUGCGGGCGGAAUGCGUCACUCGGGUGGUCGCAUCCCAAGGUGGCCAGCGUGACGGCGGGGGAUGAGGUCGGAUUCUUCGUGGACGUGGGGCUUACCGUUCCGCCGAGUAUGUAUCAUCCGGGGUUUGCGAGUGCAUGGUUGAGUCGGAUGGAGGGAGGGUCGCAGGGCGAGUUGGAUGACUAUCAGGGGGAAAGGGGCUGGUACAAGAUCCACCAGACUGCGGGGCGUACGUCGCAGAGCGUGAACUUUGACGAUCCGACGAACAAGCCGUACUAUGAUGCAACGAAGGCGCUGUGGGGCACCUUUAGGUCGACGAGCUGGACUUUCACCAUCCCGGCUUCUACGCCUCCGGGGAAAUAUCUUGUUCGCUGGGAACACAUCUUCCCCAACCCCCAGGACGCACAAUUCUACGUCAAUUGUGCGCAUGUGGAGGUCAUCAAUGAUCGGACGGGUGUGGAGCCCGGAGAAGACUACAAAGUCAAGAUCCCCGGGGUUUACACCCGAGGACAGAAAGACGUAUACUUUUCUAGCUACGACUAUGGCCUUGAGGGCAGCCUGGAUGGAUUCGUGCCGCCGAAGCCAGGUGUUUGGCAAGGUUGA